GCAGCCUACCACUUGCUUCACCUCCAUUUGGAUAUUCGAUGGUGGAGUGUAGCACUUCUGCACCUGGCUGAGGCCACUCUUGGGUCCCUUUCGGCAGUGACAGCACAACCCAUGCACCACAGAUGCUAAUCAUGGAGCCAUCUGGACCCCAAGGAAUGAGUGGUAGUGUUGGGGAUAAUACUGAGCCAUCGGUACUGGAGCAGUGCAUUUCAAUGGUUGUCUGGGAUCUCGUAACAAUCAUGUGUCGCGAGGGAUUAAAGAAAAGUGUGAGUGAACUGCACCUGGUGGCCGGGUUUUCAUGUUCCUGUUCACUGGAACUCGGCAUCAUGAUUCUCCAUUAUCUCGACCAUAGGCAUCGUUCGCUUGGAAGACAAAGUCUUUGGGAACAGAUAAAGCACAAACUCUUAGUCCUCCUGAAAAUACACAAUGAAAACUCGGUUCAGCGAACUUCACCUGGCACCACACUGAAGUCUCUGGAGCCUUCAGAACAGGCCUUUGGUGUGAUUCAGUAUCCGUCUCCUCUUGCCAAAGAAGUUAAGCUCCCUCAUAUAUGGUGGAUGUUCUUGAACUUCUCCAGGCUGUAUGGAUAUGAUGUGAAUGGGAAGAAAUUGGCUGAUAAGUCUAGUGAAAUCAAGAGUGAAACUAAACUACUACGGACAUUGAUAAAAUUAUCUAUGGAAGGGCAACAACCGACUGAAAUUGAACUGCGUUUCUUCACUCGGUGCUGCCUCAGUCUCGGCCAGCUCUGGGGAGGGGAGAGGAGUAGCGAAUGGGGUGCAGCACUGUGGGACUACUUUUCCAAACACCUUGAUUCAUCUUUCCUCUUGCCUGGUGCUGGGCUGGAUGGGCUAGCCUGUGUGAGUAAAACAGCAAGUGGAUGGAUAGAACAGAUCAAGUCAUAUGCCACAGACCCAACACAUAUGGGGAAGUCAGAGUCUUCAUGGCAGAUCUUUCUUCGUAUCAUUGUGUCAGUGGUGAAGACCAGCACCUUGGAAUGGAGACAAAUGAGAGGAAGAAUCUAUUCCAAAUUUCAUGGGCGCAAAAUGUCGGAGCUCUCGCCCAUUGGUCUGCACAACUCCACUUCUCUCUUUCUGACCCUUGCGAGCACAACAGAUAUUGUUGACGUGAGUAAUAAGCUAAGCGAACUUCUAUCAAUGGUCCCAGCAUCAAGUCUUGGCAAGUCAAAAAUUGUUUGGCGUGGAUUCCUGGCUACCAUCUUACUGCUACUUGGUGCUGGCUGUGAUAUCUCACCAGUUAUAGGGAAAUUAAAGCCAAUCAUUGCAAACGUCUUGCAUGAACUUGGUACUACUAGGGAUGCAAUGCAACGAAGGGAUUUAGGCCAGCUGGUUGUCAUAUAUGCAGAUGGUCUCCAAGAAGUGUUUGAGCAGAGUCAUGACCUAAGUCUGGCUCAGCAUUCUCUCAUUAGUGUGGGGCUCGGUGCAAUCCUUCAUCACUGCGGGGCUGUGGAGAUGAAGGCUAUUCUAAAUGCCUUGGAUGCUGCUCUCACCAAAGUUCUGGCAGUGUUGUCAAAGCCUCAGUAUUUGGCCGGUGGACUAGGGACCGAUAUUGUUGAAGUUGUCUGGAAGGAAUUUGGAGUCUUCCUUAGAAAUCACGCCACCACACUCACUCCACCGGCUGUUCUGGGCUCGGUGGCAGCCAAACUGACUCUCUGUAUGUCGUACGAUUUUAACUCUGCAACUUCAGGGCUUAAAGAGGCUGCUUCUGGACUCUUUUCAUACUUUGUCACAAAUGAAGCUGUAAGCACUACCUGUAGUCUGCAAUACAUCACAAGUCUACUCGCAGAGCCAGGCAGCCUCACCCAAAUAGACAAAGUUAACACAGGCUACGAAGGCCUUCUAGUAUCAGGAUGGUUAACAACCUUAGUGUCUAUGGGGGACAGUGAUGAUGUAAUAUCACUCACUCCACUCAUCAUGACCUUGCCGGGUGUGGCAUCCGUCAUCAGCUGUUCUCCUCCCGCUUGUCCUUUUGCUGCUGCCAGACUUCUGGUGAAAGGUGUCAGCAAGAAGUUCAGUGAAUCGCAGAAAUUCAUGGAUCGGAUGGCCAUCAGAGAACGGGCUCUUCAGUAUUUUUCAGGUUUAGACAAACCUAUUGGCGCUUUACUCAAGAAAACCCCCUGCCAAAUCACCUGCGAGAUGUUCGAGAACCCACGUGUCCAUUACCUGUACUUGUUAGUUCUGUUCUGUUGCCCACGACGAUUUACAGCUGUGAGAAAACCACUCAAUGCAUCGUUGUCUACAGCACUGGGCAACACUAUACCACCUAAAGUUAUAGAAGAAAAAUUAAAAUUACCUAUAUAUUGA